AUGUCGGACGGCGGCAGAGGGCCCUGCACUCAACUCACCUACGCGAAGCACACAUCUCCCGAGCUCCAGCCCGUGCAUAUGACACCAACGGGGAACACUACUCACGGGCCUCUGGAAGGCUCUGGCGAGACGGACAACCGAGGAGUUUAA